AUGGCUUUUUUCUUCGUGGUUGGAACCAAAGACUUCACGAAGCCGUUGAAGGGCUAUGAAGGGAUAACAGCUCAAUGCCAGAACUGCGGAAACUGGUCUGCGCAUCCUAUCCAGUCUUGGGAUUGGUUCACCUUCUGUUUUGUGCCAGUCAUACCUCUGGGGAGCAAGCAUCAGGAUAUCGCUUGCUCUAUCUGCAGAUUCCGUCAAGAUUUGCGUAAUCGACCAGACGUACAAUCGCAACAAGGUCAACCACCGAUGCAUCCACCUCAACAGGGCCCUCCUCAGGGCUGGGGAGCUCCUCCCCCGGGACAACAUAUGCGAUAUCAGUGA